AUGCAAAUUUCGGUGGUCCGACAAGAUGAAGCCGAAGAACUGUUGAGCAGAAAAUCAAAUGUUGAACAGAAAACGUUCAUCUUUAAUGGGAACGGCUUUAAAUAUAGUAGGAACUUUCAGACUACAAUAAUGACUACAAGAUUGUGCUCCGAUGGAAUCGAAUUGCUCAUUCAGAAGAUGAUUUUGGAGGCGUUGAAAUGUGUCGUCUUGAACAUAAAUUCGGUUUUCCUAUUGUUUAAAAAACGAGAAAAAAGAAGAAGAAGAACUAUUGAAAUUUGUAUAACCCAUUCUAUCCGAAUAACUAAUAGGAUUACAGUUAUAGAAUGCACUAUCCAAAAUCUAAAAGAAGAAGUGGACAAUCUGAUCUUAGACUCAUAUUUUGAUUGCGAACCUUUGAUUCUCAUUUAUUUCCACCUUCAGCCAUUUCCUAAAUUUCAACCUUAA